AUGAUAAGACAAGACUAUAAUCGAAUUGAUCCCAAAAGGAGAAGUACGAUUGAUUACAAGAAGAAACAAUUCGCAGUUCCCACGUAUAAGCAGCAAGACUACCCACACCGCCUGAGCCUCUAUGAAACCCCCCCGACGGCCGAGAUCACGCUCGAGCAGUUUGAGCAAUGGGCUAUCGAUAGAUUGAGAGUGCUCGCCGAGAUUGAAGCUUGCUCGUUCCGCAACAAAACACCUGCCGAGACUGCCGCCCAUGUGACACCCUUACUUCAGAAAUGGUUGCCCCUUCAUUCGAAUACCUCGUCCUCCGUUGGCUCACAAGAUGAGAAUCUCAAACUAGAACGACAGAAAGAUCACUACUCCCACUUUAUCUUACGUCUUGCAUUCUCUUCUACGGAGGAUCUACGGAGGCGCUUUGCACGAAUCGAAAGUGCUUUGUUCAAGUUGCGCUUUCAAAAUGACGACGCUAAAGAAAAACAAACAUUCGUCGAGUCUUUGCAGUUCGACUGGGAAGUCGUUUCUGAAGAAGAGAAAAGGGCAUUGGGGGCGGAUUUACUGAAUGCGACCCCGGGACUGAAGCGACAGGACGCGGAGGAAGCAGGUUGGUUCAAGGUAGAUUUUGAGACGGUUGCAGAACUGGUGGAAGGCCGAAGAGUCUUUUUAAAAGCCGGCAAAGCAUACGUACCGGUCAGGGAACAGAUGAGCAUGGUUCUUGCUGGAUUCAAUGCCAGGCUAGACAAAGGACUAGAGCUUGCCGCUCGCGCUCUCCCCCGUCUCGAUGAAGACGACCGCCUCACACCAAUCUUAGUUCAUCUCUCCAAAAAUUUUGCGACCCCUGACUCAACCCUCUCCGACUCGGACAGCGCACUUCCUGGUGCUCCAAUCAACCCUUCGUCCAUCGAUCCUUUAUCCCAGCAUUUUCCUCUGUGUAUGCGUAAUCUCCAAAUGACUUUACGCAAGAACAGCCAUCUGAAGCAUUUCGGGCGAUUGCAAUACACCUUAUUCCUGAAAGGUAUCGGAUUAACACUGGAGGACUGUCUCAUCUUCUGGCGUCAGGCUUUCAAGCUCAUCACAGACGAUACCUUCAACAAGGAAUACCGGUACAAUAUUAGACAUGCCUAUGGUGACGUUGGUGGUGACGCGAUUCGGCGAGGACGAGGAUACUCGCCCUUUUCAUGCCAAAAAAUUUUGACCGAGCAUCCACCCGGGAGUGGAGAAAGUCACGGAUGUCCAUAUCGGCAUUUCAGCGUUGAUAAUCUCACGACACUUCUUCAGACCACCGGAGUCAGUGAUCGAGAUGUCCUGAGAGGAGUCAAAGAAGAUGUGGAGAAGAAAAGGUUUCAUAUAGCUUGCAAUCGUGUAUUUGAAUGGGCGCAUAAAGGCGACAUCAAACGUGUGAAGGAGGACGACAGCUGGGGCGCUGCAGAGCUAGACACAAUUGUACACCCGAACACAUAUUUUAAGCGGAGUUACUUGCUAAAAACUGGUGGUGCUGCAGCGGUAAAGGGGGACGAAAUGGAAAUAUAG